CCGGAAACGCGCCCGGCUCAGGAUCUCUGGGAAGCAGGAAGACCUUACUGUCCUUGAAAAGAAUUGUUUCUGAAGACCAUGCAUCUGAUUUGGUUACAUGGAGAAAUUCUAGAGUUUCCUGGUUGGGAGAGCCGGUGGUGACUGCGGGAGUGGAGCCCCUGUGCGGUGCCCAGCAUGGACAGUUACACAGUCCUGAGAGUGAUUGGGGAGGGCUCCUUUGGCAGAGCCCUUUUGGUUCAGCAGGAGAGCAGUAAUCAGAUGUUUGCCAUGAAAGAAAUAAGGCUUCCCAAGGUCACUGCUAAAGCAAUUAGCUCAUGUUGAAAGUGUACAUGUAAUUUGUAUAGGAAAACAAGUUCUUGAAAUUUAACAUGGAAUUGCUCCUUUGUGCAAAAGAUUUAAUGGGUUUAUUCAUUAGCUUUACAAGGUCUUGAUAUAUCUUAGGUGGUUCUUAGGAUAUUGUAAUUAACAAAAAUAAUCAAGGUUUGGGUGGUGAUUGCUGUUUAUCUCAAUGUGAAUAAUUUGUAAUAAUUUCCAAUUUUGCAUACUUAAGGGUGUAGGGAAGCUGCCCAAAUGCAACUCGGGUGCCAUAUUAAUGAAAAAAGGAACAUCAACAUACAGUGAAGAGCUGAGACCUAAAAUGCUGACCUUUGGUAUCAGGGAACCUAUUCUGUGGAUUAGCGUAUAGGUUUUAUUUCCCUGUAAGAUGAGGAAAGUGCUGAUUUAUCUGUACAGUUGACCCUUGAACAACACAGGUUUGACUGCUGUGGGUCCACGUAGAUUUUUUCAAUAGUAAAUACUACAGUGCCGUGCGAUCUGAAGUUGGUUGAAUCUGUGGGUGCAGAACCGAGGAAAUGGAGGGCUUCCUCCAUACAUGGAGGGCCAGCUAUGAGUUGUACUUGGAAUUUCAACCCCGUGCAGUCAAUGCCUCUAACCUUGUUCAAGGUCAAACUGUAUUUGUCACGAUGUAACAUAGUUGUCAGGUGAAAGAAGCCAUACCAUGGAGGCUGCCUAAUAAUGUUUUGAUCAACUAAAAAAAAAAUACAUUUUAAUAAAAUUCUCAGAGUAUUUUUUUUCCCACUGCAAUCUUGACCUCGUUUAGUGGGCAUCAGAAUCACCUGGAGAGCUUGUUAAACCAGAUUGCUGAGCCUUAACCCCUGAGUUUCUGGUUGUGUAGUUCCUGGUGAGCCUGUGAAUUUGCAUUUUUAACAAGUUCCCAGCCGGUGGUGAUGCUGCUGGUCUGAGCCCCCUUGGGCUAGUACAUAAUCAGUUGCAGUUUCUUAAUUAUAAGUCAUUCAGGAUUUUAUCCUCAUAGAGUAAGUUAGGGGAUAAACAGUUUUGGAAACUUAUUUUGCAUAUGGUCUUUGCCCAUCCAUGCUGCUGUAAUACACGAGUAUAUAUAUUUUUCAUCUGAACCAGUGGGCUGAUAAAGUGAUGCAGACAGUAAAAACAUGAAAGCCCUAGUUUUUCUUUAAGGAGCUACUAUUGUUGAUGGCAUACUGGCUCUCCAAGUCAGGUUAUACUUAGGCUGAUGAUAAGAGUAGUUUACAUUCUAUACUUGUAAAGAUAUAAGAGGUCAGCUUAAGCAUGCAUAUAGCCAUAGUUGAGAAAUCUGCACAUGUUUUCUCGUGGAGUUUGAUAAACUCAAUUGGUCAGAGUACAGUGCUAUGAAAUUGUGUCUAGCAUUGAAAUACCUUACAAACUACUAUAAUAUCAUUUUACUAUCAGUUUUAUUAUGAAGUAUUACAUUUACGCUUAUUUAAACUUCCUUCUAGUUUUUCUCUGACACACAGAAUUCUAGGAGGGAGGCUGUUCUGUUAGCCAAAAUGAAACACCCCAAUAUUGUUGCCUUUAAGGAAUCAUUUGAAGAUACUUAAUUGGUUUACACAAAUGUGCCUUGGAGUAAAUCACAUUCACAAGAAACGUGUGUUACACAGAGAUAUCAAGUCCAAGAAUAUCUUCCUCACCCAAAAGGGAAAAGUAAAAUUGGGUGAUUUUGGAUCUGCCCGUCUUCUCUCCAGUCCCAUGGCAUUUGCUUGUACGUAUGUGGGAACACCUUAUUAUGUGCCCCCGGAAAUUUGGGAGAACAUGCCUUAUAACAAUAAAAGUGACAUCUGGUCCUUGGGAUGCAUUCUCUAUGAACUCUGUACCCUUAAGCAUCCAUUUCAGGCAAAUAGUUGGAAAAGUCUUAUCCUCAAAAUCUGUCAGGGGUCCAUGAGCCCACUGCCAUCCCAUUAUUCCUAUGAGCUUCAGCAUCUGAUCAAGCAGAUGUUUAAAAAGAAUCCCUCAUAUCGCCCUUCAGCUACAACUCUUCUCUCCAGAGGCCCUUUAGCUCGGCUCAUCCAGAAGUGCUUACCCCCAGAGAUCAUCACAGAAUAUGGUGAACAGGUAUUAGAAGAAACCAAAAAAUCUAUGCCUAGUACACCAAGAAAAAAGGACGCCAGCAGAAUCAGGAUAGCUUUGGAAAAUGAAGCAAGCACAGUGCAAAGGGAAGAACCAGGUGGAAAGUGUAGCCACACUGACUUAGAAAGCAUUAAUAAAAAUUCGGUUGAAAGUGCACUGAGGAGAGUAAACAGAGAAGAGAUAGCCAGUUCACCAGGUCCUCUCAGGCGACAGUGGGAGAAAAAUGUAUCCAGUACAGCUCUUACAGCUUUGGAAAAUGCAUCCUUACUCACCUCCAGUUUAACGGCAGAGGACGAUAGAGGUGGUUCUGUAAUAAAGUACAGUGAAAAUAAUACCCGUAAGCAGUGGCUCAAAGAGACUCCUGAGACCUUGUUGAACAUUCUUAAGCAUGCUGACCUCAGCUUGGCAUUUCAAACAUAUACAAUAUAUAGACCAGGUGCAGAAGGGUUCUUGAAAGGCCCCCUGUAUGAGGAAACAGAAGCAUCAGAUGAUGUUGAUGGAAGUCAUGAUUCUGUUAUUUUGGAUCCAGAGAGACUUGAACCUGGACUGGAUGAGGAGGAUACGGACUUUGAGGAAGAUGACAACUCUGACUGGGUAUCAGAACUGAGACAGCGAGCUGGCUGGCAAGGAGUGUCUGAUGGAUAACACCCAAGGAAAUUAGUCACACUGAGGAGACGUUUAACAUGAGGAAUUGAUAUUUGGAUAAUACUUAACUCACAGGAUGUGUAUUUUCCUUUAGAAACAGAGUGAAGAGAGGGAAACUGAAUAUUUAAAAUUAUUCCUGGUUAGUAUAAGGUAUAAAAAAUCUAGAACUCUUAUGAGUUUUUGAAUUCAGAGGAGAAGGCACAGCAGAAUGGGUGUGAGGUUUGGGCUUUGCGGUCAGAACGGAAAUGGAAUGCUACCGCCUAUUGCUUGUGUGACUGUGAGAAAUUAACCUCUUUGAGCCCGAAUUUCCUCAACUACAAAAUGAGGGUAACAAUGCUUACCUCAUAGGGAUGCUGACCUUAGACCAUCACAGCAGCCCUUAAUGUUAUUAUUUCCAUUGUUAUGAUUUAUGCUUAUUCUAUGUAGCUCUUUUUAUAUCUCCUAAAGGUUUGAGGACCUAAAUAUAUUUAAUUAUAACAUAAUAAUGUGUGUGAUUUUUCAGUAAGGCCUAUUUCUGGGUAGUGAUCUAUCAUCUUCAGUGAUCGCAUUAUACAUUAGCUAGAUCCCCUUAGAAGACACAGAAAUGCCUGCUCACCAAAAAACACAAAACAACAACCCCCCCCCCCAAACAGCAAUUUUCUCUUGUUGUCAGCAAGGUAACUCCUCAGGGGAUAACGUUUCUUUCUUAAUCCUGUAAGGGGUCACGAUGACCCACUACUCACCUUGCUAGACUAUGUAAACUGUCAGUAUGUUACUUUGACGUACAAUAUAACCUUUUGUCUUGAAAACGUAUGUAAUUGUGCUUUGGGAGGAACAAUCCUCAGAGCUUUCUGAAAGACUGUCCCCUGGGUUAUAAUCCUCAGGUUGACUCAAAUAAAAUUCUCCAUUUCUUUCUUAGAUUGACUAUUGAUUAAUUUUUCAUGGACAGACUCAAUGUUGAACUUUGUCUAUUCCAGCAAAAAGCGUUAUCUGUGGAUACUAAUUGAGCUAAUUGGGGAGAAGAAGAGGAAAGCCCAUUCACGUCUUUAAGAGAGAAAUUUCCAAUACUAUGUUACUUUUUAUAUUUAAUAAAUAUUAGUUCGUGAUUUGGAUCAGUUGUGUACUACUAGUAAUUUUAAUGAAUUUUAAAAAGCCUAUUAGAAAAUAGAAAUUAAUUUCCAUUGAUAUGAUAGGGUGAUGGGUAAGAUUUUGAAUCAUGAAAAACAGUAUGUAUGGAGAUAUGAGUUCAAGGAGAGAAAGGAAUAAUGUAAACUUUCUAAUUCUUAA